UUUAUUGUAUUUUUUGAAUUUCAGAUUAUAGACCACGACUUAACACUAACCGCCUCCACAAGAGCAUCGACUGGCGAGGGGUUGCACUGUUGUCAUGAGGAGGCGCGUCGGGCCACUAAAAUCCGUCACCCGGCCUGCAAACCCAUUCUCAUACCACGAGACGACCCAUUUUACAGCCAACACAACCAUUUCUGCAAUAACUUUGUCAGAAAUGCAGCCGGGCCUAAAUAUGACUGCAACUUAGGGAAACUAAGAGUAGAUAAAGUGAAUGGAUAUGAAUUCCUUCCUUUUGACACUCAAAACAGAUCAGAUGAAUGCGAAUGGAGUGACGAAUCGAUAUAUCAGGAAACCAGAAGAAUAGUGGCCGCAGAGAUUCAGACCAUUACUUACAAUGAAUGGAUGCCUUUAAUAAUAGGCCGAAGUGUUAUGAAAGAGUUUAAUCUGUUAACGAAACCAAACGGAUAUACCUAUGAUUACGACAAUCAUCUGAAUCCCGGAAUCUUUAAUGAGUUCGCAACUGCUGUCUAUAGAUUCCAUACACUCAUUCAGGGUUUAUUGAGACUUUUGAAUAAUGCGGGACAAGUGACACAAACCAUUCAACUGAGAAAACAUUUCAAUAACCCGUCGGCGAUGUAUAGAAAGGGAGCUUUCGAUGAGUUUUUGAACGGAUAUACAGGAAAUCCGACUCAAACUUUUGAUCAGUUUUUCACUGAAGACAUAACAAACCAUUUAUUCCAAGAACACAAUUCCCGCUUUGGAAUGGAUUUAAUUGCACUCAACAUUCAAAGAGUUCACUAUAUCAAAUUUCCCAAUCAAAUGGCA